AUGACUUAUUUUUCUUUCUCUUCAAUUUAUUCCAAUCCUUCCAUGUUUCUGUCUACUCUCUCUAUAUAUACAUUUCUCUCAUAUUUUCUUUCUACUCCCUGUCUUUACAUUUCUCUCAUAUAUACAAUGCCACCGCCUCUUUACAUUUCUCUCAUAUUUUUUCUACUACCUGUGUUUACAUUUCUCUCAUAUAUUCAUUGCCCCCUCCUCUAUAUAUUUCUCAUAUUUUCUCUCUGCUCACUUUCUUUACUUUUCUGUCAUAUGAGUUUUCCUCUAUAUAUUUACAUUUCUCUCAUGUUUUAUUUUUUUCUUUCUUUAUAUUUCUCUCGUAUUUUCUUUCUCCAUUCUUUAUUUAUAUUUAUCUCAUGUUUUCAUUCUCCCCUUUUUUAUAUUUCAUUCAUAUGGCAUUUCACAUCUCUUUAUUUCCAUUUCUCUCAUAUAUUCUUUCUCUUCCACUUCUUUAUAUUUCUCACAUGUUUUCUUUCUCUUCCACUUCUUUAUAAUUCUUUCAUGAUUUCUUUCUCAUCCGCUUUUUUAUAUUUCUCUAAUAUUUUCUUUCUUUUCACUUCCUUCUCAUGUUUUCUUUCUCUUCCUCUCUUUUUAUAUUUCUCUCAUAUUUUCUUUCAUUACCACUCCUUCUCAUAUUUUCUUUCCCUUCUCCUUCUUUGCAUUUCUCUGGUAUUUUCUUUAUUUUCUCCUCCUUCUCAUAUUUUCUUUCCCUUCUCAUUCUUUGCAUUUCUCUGGUAUUUUCUUUAUUUUCUCCUCCUUCUCAUAUUUUCUUUCCUUUCUCCUUCUUUGCAUUUCUCUGGUAUUUUCUUUAUUUUCUCCUCCUUCUCAUAUUUUCUUUCCCUUCUCCUUCUUUGCAUUUCUCUGGUAUUUUCUUUAUUUUCUCCUCCUUCUCAUAUUUUCUUUCUCUUCCCCUUCUUUACGAUUCCCUCAUAUUUUCUUUCUCUUCCUCUUCUUUACAUUUCUUUUAUAUUUUCUUUCUCCUCUCUUUCGUUCAAUUUUACUCAUAUGUCUAUUCACAUCUUUUUAAAAUUUUUCCCAUGA